GGCUGAACAAUAGAGACAGGCAGACGGGCGAGGAGGAGAGCCAGCUGCCGCUGCUGAGGGAGAGCAGGCGCCCAGGCAGCUCGUACCCCGGCCCCGGCCAGACCGCAGGCGGCCAGCGCCCCCGGGGAAGGGGGACCAUGGGGGAGCCGGCGGCAGGCGCCCCCAGCCCUCCGCGCGCCUCUGCCUGAGGGAGCCUCGGCGUCCUCUGCCCUAGCCCUGCCGACCCGGCCGGCUGCCCGCCCUUGAAGUCCGGUGUCCUCCGGGUCUGCGGCCGCGGCCGCUGCGCCCCGCGCCCUCCGCCCACAGGGCGCCGAGCAGCCCUCGGCCCCAGGCUUCGCCGGCCCCCGGCUGCCCGCGGACGCUCUCCCCCAGUCAUGAACCCCCCGGAGGGGGCAGCGGAGGAAGGAGGAGCCGCCGACUCGGACGUGGACGCCUUUUUCCGGACAGGGUCUUUUCGGAAUGAUGGUUUGAAAGCUUCUGAUGUCCUUCCCAUCCUAAAGGAAAAAGUGGCCUUCGUGUCUGGGGGCCGUGAUAAGCGAGGUGGACCAAUCCUGACCUUCCCUGCUCGCAGCAAUCAUGACAGAAUAAGACAGGAAGACCUGCGGAAACUCGUGACCUAUCUGGCCAGCGUGCCAAGUGAGGACGUGUGCAAACGUGGCUUCACCGUCAUCAUCGACAUGCGGGGCUCCAAGUGGGACCUCAUCAAGCCCCUCCUCAAGACGCUGCAGGAAGCCUUUCCAGCCGAGAUCCAUGUGGCCCUCAUCAUCAAACCCGACAACUUCUGGCAGAAACAGAAGACCAACUUUGGCAGCUCCAAAUUCAUCUUCGAGACGAGCAUGGUGUCCGUGGAGGGCCUCACGAAGCUGGUGGACCCCUCCCAGCUGACAGAGGAGUUCGACGGCUCGCUGGAGUAUAACCACGAGGAGUGGAUCGAGCUGCGGCUCUCCCUGGAGGAGUUCUUCAACAGCGCCGUGCACCUGCUCUCGCGCCUCGAGGACCUGCAGGAGAUGCUGGCCCGGAAGGAGUUCCCCGUGGACGUGGAGGGCUCGCGGCGGCUCAUCGACGAGCACACACAGCUCAAGAAGAAGGUGCUCAAGGCCCCCGUGGAGGAGCUGGACCGGGAGGGGCAGCGGCUGCUGCAGUGCAUCCGCUGCAGCGACGGCUUCUCGGGGCGCAACUGCAUCCCGGGCAGCGCCGACUUCCAGAGCCUGGUGCCCAAGAUCACCAGCCUCCUGGACAAGCUGCACUCCACCCGGCAGCACCUGCACCAGAUGUGGCACGUGCGCAAGCUCAAACUGGACCAGUGCUUCCAGCUGCGGCUCUUCGAGCAGGAUGCUGAAAAGAUGUUCGACUGGAUAAGCCACAACAAGGAGUUAUUCCUCCAGAGCCAUACAGAGAUUGGAGUCAGCUACCAGCACGCCCUCGACCUCCAGACGCAGCACAAUCACUUCGCCAUGAACUCCAUGAACGCCUAUGUCAACAUCAACCGCAUCAUGUCCGUGGCUUCCCGCCUCUCAGAGGCUGGCCACUACGCCUCACAGCAAAUCAAGCAGAUCUCCACGCAGCUAGACCAGGAGUGGAAGAGCUUUGCGGCCGCUCUGGAUGAGCGCAGCACCAUCCUCGCCAUGUCUGCUGUGUUCCAUCAGAAGGCUGAGCAGUUCCUGUCGGGAGUGGACGCCUGGUGCAAGAUGUGCAGCGAAGGUGGCCUGCCGUCUGAGAUGCAGGACCUGGAGCUGGCGAUCCACCACCACCAGUCCUUGUAUGAGCAGGUGACCCAGGCCUACACAGAGGUCAGCCAGGAUGGCAAAGCGCUGCUGGAUGUGCUGCAGCGUCCCCUGAGUCCUGGGAACUCCGAGUCCCUCACUGCCACAGCCAACUACUCCAAGGCAGUGCACCAGGUGCUGGACGUGGUGCAUGAGGUGCUGCACCACCAGCGGCGGCUCGAGAGCAUCUGGCAGCACCGCAAGGUGCGGCUCCACCAGCGGCUGCAGCUCUGCGUCUUCCAGCAGGACGUCCAGCAGGUGUUAGACUGGAUUGAAAACCACGGCGAGGCCUUUCUCAGCAAGCACACAGGGGUCGGGAAGUCUUUGCAUCGAGCCCGGGCCCUGCAGAAGAGGCACGAUGACUUUGAAGAGGUGGCUCAGAAUACUUACACCAAUGCGGACAAGCUCCUAGAAGCGGCAGAGCAGCUGGCUCAGACGGGGGAAUGUGACCCGGAGGAGAUCUACAAGGCGGCUCGGCAUCUGGAGGUGCGCAUCCAAGACUUCGUGCGUAGGGUGGAGCAGCGGAAGCUUCUGCUGGACAUGUCCGUCUCCUUCCACACUCACACCAAAGAGCUGUGGACAUGGAUGGAAGACCUUCAGAAGGAGAUGCUGGAGGAUGUCUGUGCAGACUCUGUGGAUGCGGUCCAGGAACUGAUCAAGCAGUUCCAGCAGCAGCAGACCGCUACUCUGGAUGCCACACUCAACGUCAUCAAGGAGGGCGAAGACCUUAUCCAGCAGCUCAGGUCAGCGCCUCCCUCCCUGGGGGAGCCCAGCGAGGCCAGGGACUCGGCUGUGUCCAGCAACAAGACGCCCCACGGUAGCUCCAUCAGCCACAUCGAGUCGGUGCUGCAGCAGCUCGACGACGCCCAGGUGCAGAUGGAGGAGCUGUUCCAUGAGCGAAAGAUCAAGCUGGACAUCUUCCUGCAGCUGCGCAUCUUUGAGCAGUACACCAUUGAGGUGACGGCAGAGCUAGAUGCCUGGAAUGAGGACUUGCUUCGGCAGAUGAAUGACUUCAACACGGAGGAUCUGACGCUGGCGGAGCAGCGGCUGCAGCGCCACACGGAGCGGAAGCUGGCCAUGAACAACAUGACCUUCGAGGUCAUCCAGCAGGGCCAGGAUCUGCACCAGUACAUCAUGGAGGUCCAGGCCUCAGGAAUUGAGUUAAUCUGUGAAAAAGACAUUGAUCUGGCAGCCCAGGUGCAAGAGCUGUUGGAGUUUCUCCAGGAGAAGCAGCACGAGCUGGAGCUCAACGCGGAGCAGACCCAUGAGCGGCUCGAGCAGUGUCUCCAACUGCGGCACCUCCAGGCGGAGGUCAGACAGGUCCUGGGAUGGAUCCGCAAUGGGGAGUCGAUGCUCAACGCCAGCCUGGUCAACGCCAGCUCUUUGUCGGAAGCAGAGCAGCUGCAGCGGGAACACGAGCAGUUCCAACUGGCCAUCGAGUCCCUCUUUCAUGCCACUUCCUUGCAGAAGACACACCAGAGUGCCCUGCAGGUACAGCAGAAAGCUGAGGCGCUGCUCCAGGCUGGCCACUACGACGCGGAUGCCAUCCGGGAAUGUGCUGAGAAGGUGGCCCUCCACUGGCAGCAGCUUAUGCUGAAGAUGGAAGACCGGCUGAAACUGGUCAAUGCCUCAGUGGCCUUUUACAAAACUUCUGAGCAGGUCUGUAGUGUCCUGGAGAGCUUAGAGCAAGAAUACCGGAGAGAUGAGGACUGGUGUGGUGGACGAGAUAAACUGGGGCCAGCAGCAGAGAUCGACCACGUCAUUCCACUCAUCAGUAAACAUUUGGAACAAAAGGAGGCCUUUCUUAAGGCCUGCACCCUGGCACGGCGGAACGCUGAGGUCUUUCUCAAGUACAUCCACAGGAACAAUGUCAGCAUGCCCAGUGCCGCCAGCCACACCCGAGGACCCGAGCAGCAAGUGAAAGCCAUCCUGAGUGAGCUCUUACAGAGGGAGAACCGUGUCCUGCACUUCUGGACCUUGAAGAAGCGGCGGUUAGACCAGUGCCAGCAAUACGUGGUGUUUGAGCGAAGCGCCAAGCAGGCGCUAGACUGGAUCCAAGAAACAGGUGAAUAUUACCUCUCAACACAUACCUCCACGGGGGAGACUGCAGAGGAGACUCAGGAGCUGCUGAAGGAAUAUGGGGAGUUCAGGGUGCCUGCCAAGCAAACAAAGGAGAAGGUGAAACUCCUGAUUCAGCUGGCCGAUAGCUUUGUGGAAAAAGGCCACAUUCAUGCCACAGAGAUCAGGAAAUGGGUGACCACGGUCGACAAGCAUUACAGAGACUUCUCCUUGAGGAUGGGAAAGUACCGGUACUCUCUGGAGAAAGCCCUUGGAGUCAACACAGAGGAUAACAAGGACCUAGAGCUGGAUAUCAUCCCAGCAAGCCUUUCAGAUCGUGAGGUCAAGCUCCGGGACGCCAACCAUGAGGUCAAUGAAGAGAAACGGAAAUCAGCCCGGAAGAAAGAAUUCAUUAUGGCGGAACUGCUUCAGACAGAGAAGGCUUAUGUGAGGGACCUACACGAGUGCUUAGAGACCUACCUGUGGGAAAUGACCAGUGGUGUGGAGGAGAUCCCCCCUGGGAUCCUUAAUAAGGAGCAUAUCAUCUUUGGCAACAUCCAGGAGAUCUACGAUUUUCAUAACAACAUCUUCCUCAAAGAGCUGGAGAAGUAUGAGCAGCUGCCUGAGGAUGUGGGACACUGCUUUGUUACCUGGGCAGACAAAUUUCAGAUGUACGUCACCUACUGUAAAAACAAGCCUGAUUCCAACCAGCUGAUCCUGGAGCAUGCAGGCACCUUCUUUGAUGAGAUACAGCAGCGGCACGGUCUGGCCAACUCCAUCUCUUCCUACCUAAUUAAGCCCGUCCAGAGGAUCACUAAGUACCAGCUGCUCCUGAAGGAACUUUUAACUUGCUGUGAAGAAGGGAAAGGGGAGCUCAAGGAUGGCCUGGAGGUGAUGCUCAGUGUCCCAAAGAAAGCCAAUGAUGCCAUGCACGUCAGCAUGCUGGAAGGGUUCGACGAGAACCUGGACGUGCAGGGGGAGCUGAUUCUGCAGGAUGCCUUUCAAGUGUGGGACCCCAAGUCGCUGAUCCGGAAGGGGCGCGAGCGACACCUGUUCCUCUUUGAGAUCUCCUUGGUUUUCAGCAAGGAGAUCAAAGACUCUUCAGGACACACAAAAUAUGUUUACAAGAACAAGCUACUGACCUCAGAGCUGGGUGUGACGGAGCACGUAGAGGGCGAUCCCUGCAAAUUCGCCUUGUGGUCUGGGCGCACCCCAUCUUCAGACAAUAAAACAGUGCUGAAAGCCUCCAACAUAGAAACCAAGCAGGAAUGGAUCAAGAACAUACGCGAGGUGAUUCAAGAGAGGAUCAUUCACCUGAAAGGAGCUUUAAAGGAGCCAAUUCAGCUCCCCAAAACACCAGCCAAACAGAGGAACAAUAGUAAGAGGGAUGGAGUGGAGGAUGUUGACAGCCAGGGGGAUGGGAGCAGCCAGCCAGACACCAUCUCCAUUGCCUCUAGGACCUCUCAGAACACAGUGGACAGUGACAAGCUCUCUGGCGGCUGUGAGUUGACCGUGGUCCUCCAGGACUUCAACGCAGGCCACAGCAGCGAGCUGAGCAUCCAGGUGGGACAGACAGUGGAACUGCUGGAGCGGCCGAGCGAACGGCCGGGCUGGUGUCUGGUCCGCACCACGGAACGGAGUCCCCCGCAGGAGGGCCUGGUCCCCAGCAGCGCCCUGUGCAUCUCCCACUCCCGAAGCAGCGUGGAGAUGGACUGCUUCUUCCCCUUGGUGAAAGAUGCGUACUCUCAUUCAAGUGAAAACGGAGGCAAGUCCGAGUCGGUGGCCAACCUGCAGGCCCAGCCCUCCCUGAACUCCAUCCACAGUUCCCCUGGGCCCAAGCGCUCCACCAACACCCUGAAGAAGUGGCUGACGAGUCCCGUGCGGCGGCUCAACAGCGGGAAGGCAGACGGAAACAUCAAGAAGCAGAAGAAAGUACGAGAUGGUCGGAAGAGCUUCGACCUGGGAUCUCCCAAGCCUGGGGAUGAGACGACCCCUCAGGGAGACAGCGCUGAUGAGAAGAGCAAGAAAGGUUGGGGUGAAGAUGAGCCAGAUGAAGAGUCACACACACCCCUCCCUCCGCCUAUGAAGAUCUUUGACAACGACCCCACGCAGGACGAGAUGAGUCUGGAAGGAGGCUCGUACCGGGGGAGCUUGAAAGACCCCACAGGCUGCCUGAAUGAGGGCAUGACCCCACCCACACCUCCUAGAAACCUGGAAGAAGAACAGAAAGCCAAGGCCCUGAGAGGCAGGAUGUUUGUCCUGAAUGAACUGGUACAGACAGAGAAAGACUAUGUCAAGGAUCUGGGGAUUGUGGUAGAGGGCUUCAUGAAGAGAAUAGAAGAAAAGGGUGUCCCUGAGGACAUGCGAGGAAAGGAUAAAAUCGUGUUUGGAAAUAUUCACCAGAUUUAUGAUUGGCAUAAGGAUGUUUUCCUGGGUGAACUGGAAAAAUGUAUCCAGGAGCAAGACAGACUGGCACAGCUCUUUAUUAAAUAUGAGCGGAAGCUGCACAUCUACGUGUGGUACUGCCAGAAUAAGCCGCGCUCCGAGUACAUCGUCGCUGAGUACGACGCCUACUUUGAAGAGGUGAAACAGGAGAUAAAUCAAAGGCUGACACUUAGCGACUUCCUUAUCAAGCCCAUUCAGAGAAUAACAAAAUAUCAGCUGCUCCUCAAGGACUUCCUGAGAUACAGCGAGAAGGCUGGUUUGGAGUGUUCUGAUAUCGAGAAAGCGGUCGAGUUAAUGUGCCUUGUUCCAAAACGCUGCAACGACAUGAUGAAUCUGGGGCGCCUGCAGGGCUUUGAGGGCACCCUGACGGCUCAGGGCAAGCUGCUGCAGCAGGAUACAUUCUACGUGAUUGAGCUGGAUGCCAGCAUGCAGUCGCGGACCAAGGAAAGGCGUGUGUUCCUCUUUGAGCAAAUUGUCAUCUUCAGUGAACUGCUCAGGAAGGGAUCCCUCACCCCAGGCUACAUGUUCAAAAGGAGCAUCAAGAUGAAUUACUUGGUCCUGGAGGAGAACGUGGACAAUGACCCCUGCAAGUUUGCACUCAUGAACAGGGAGACUUCGGAGAGGGUCAUCCUGCAAGCCGCCAACGCUGAUAUCCAGCAGGCCUGGGUGCAGGACAUCAAUCAAGUCUUAGAAACACAGCGAGACUUCUUAAAUGCCCUACAGUCGCCCAUUGAAUAUCAGCGGAAAGAAAGGAACACAGCUGUGAUGAGGUCCCAGCCUGCUAGGGUUCCCCAAGCCAGCCCCAGGCCUUACUCCUCCAUCCCCGUGGGCUCCGAGAAGCCCCCAAAGGGCUCCAGCUGUAACCCACCUCUGCCACCCCUGAAGAUAUCUACCUCCAAUGGCAGUUCGGGGUUUGACUACCACCAGGCUGGGGACAAGUUUGAGGCCAGCAAGAUCUUAAAUCCAAAUUUCAUCCAAGAAGUGGCGCCAGAAUUCCUUGUGCCCUUAGUGGAUGUGACCUGCUUGCUUGGGGACACAGUGACACUGCAGUGCAAAGUCUGUGGGCGGCCAAAGCCCACCAUCACCUGGAAGGGUCCAGACCAGAACAUCCUUGACACUGACAACAGCUCAGCUACGUACACCGUCUCCUCCUGUGAUUCCGGGGAAAUCACCCUGAAAAUCUGCAAUCUGAUGCCCCAAGACAGCGGUAUUUAUACCUGCAUAGCAGCAAAUGACCACGGCACCACAUCAACGUCUGCUACCGUUAAAGUGCAAGGUGUUCCAGCAGCCCCUAACCGCCCCAUUGCCCAGGAGAGAAGCUGCACCUCCGUGAUUCUCCGCUGGCUGCCCCCAUCCAGCACGGGAAACUGCACUAUUUCUGGUUACACUGUGGAGUACAGAGAGGAAGGUUCCCAGGCCUGGCAGCAGUCGGUAGCGUCGACCUUGGACACUUACCUUGUCAUUGAGGACCUCAGUCCUGGGAGUCCUUAUCAGUUCAGAGUCAGUGCCAGUAACCCCUGGGGGAUCAGCCUUCCCAGCGAGCCCUCAGAGUUCGUGCGACUUCCAGAAUACGAUGCUGCUGCUGAUGGUGCCACCAUUUCUUGGAAGGAAAAUUUUGAUUCAGCUUAUACGGAGCUGAAUGAAAUUGGAAGAGGCCGGUUCUCCAUAGUAAAGAAGUGCAUCCACAAAGCUACUCGCAAAGAUGUUGCUGUGAAAUUUGUUAGCAAAAAAAUGAAGAAAAAAGAGCAGGCUGCCCACGAGGCUGCCCUACUUCAGCACCUGCAGCAUCCCCAAUACAUCACUCUCCAUGACACCUAUGAGUCCCCCACUUCCUACAUCCUGAUUUUGGAACUGAUGGAUGACGGCCGACUCUUAGACUACCUUAUGAAUCAUGAUGAGCUGAUGGAAGAAAAAGUAGCUUUCUACAUACGAGACAUCAUGGAAGCCCUGCAGUACCUUCACAACUGCAGGGUUGCACAUUUGGACAUAAAGCCUGAAAACCUGCUCAUUGACCUUCGGAUUCCAGUGCCUCGAGUGAAGCUCAUUGACUUAGAGGAUGCUGUCCAGAUCUCAGGUCACUUCCACAUCCACCACCUGCUUGGGAACCCUGAGUUUGCUGCCCCAGAAGUGAUCCAAGGCAUCCCUGUGUCCCUGGGCACUGAUAUCUGGAGCAUCGGGGUUUUGACAUAUGUCAUGCUGAGCGGGGUCUCCCCCUUCUUGGAUGAGAGCAAGGAGGAGACAUGUAUCAACGUAUGCAGGGUGGAUUUCAGCUUCCCCCAUGAGUACUUCUGUGGCGUGAGCAAUGCUGCCAGAGAUUUCAUCAAUGUGAUCCUACAGGAAGACUUUCGGAGGCGACCCACGGCAGCCACCUGCCUGCAGCAUCCAUGGCUGCAGCCCCACAAUGGCAGCUACUCCAAAAUUCCCCUGGACACCUCCCGCCUGGCAUGCUUCAUAGAGCGCCGCAAGCACCAGAACGACGUUCGGCCUAUUCCCAACGUCAAGAGCUACAUUGUCAACCGGGUAAACCAAGGGACGUAGCCAUCUCCCAGCCCUUGAGGUUUCACAUGGAAGUGCAGUGUGAACCAAAGCAAGACUGAAUGUGUCUGUAAAUAAUUCUGUUCAUUAUUUCACUCCACGCGGUUUUCUGGACUGAGAGAUGUACCUCUUAAACCUCUUCAGUGGUUUUUCAGG